AUGGCGUCCGAAAACCCCAUCGUUCUCCAUCUCGGAGAUCCUGUCGAGUUUAACAAGGAACUUUUUGCCCAAAUCUCCGAGCAGUUCACGGUGAUCCGCCCCUCGCUAGAGGAGCGACAGCGCGAUGCAUUCCUUAAAGCCCUCAAAGAGAAGAAAUGGGGCAAUUUCCAGGGCAUCUUCCGUCCUUUUUGGAAUACCGGAGGCGAAAUGGGCCGCUGGGACGCAGAGCUGAUCCCGCUGCUCCCUUCGUCCCUAAAGGUCUAUGGGAGUGCCGGUGCUGGUUAUGACUGGAUGGAUGUUGACAUUCUGGCUGAUCAUGGAAUUCUUUACUGUAAUGGGGCACAGGCAUCAAGCGAAGCUGUCGCUGAUAUGGCUAUCUUCCAUAUCAUCUCCGUCUUUCGCAACAUGCAAUGGUCCAUGGAUGGCGCCCGUUCCGGCGAUCCAAAUCUCUUCCUUGAGGCGCAUCGUGGAACCCAAAUAACGGCGCACAACCCGCAAACACAAAUUCUGGGUAUCAUCGGUCUCGGAAACAUUGGCUACACCAUUGCCCGCAAGGCCUAUGCGUGUUUCGGAAUGAAGAUCUACUACCAGGAUCUGUACCGCAAACCAACGGAGCAAGAAAACGCCAUCGGCGCAUCUUUCUGUCAAACCUUGGAUGAUCUGCUCGCGGUGGCAGACUGCAUCGUUCUGGCUACUCCGUUUGGUGGAUCUAAGCUUAUCACCAAGGAGACCUUGGCUAAGUUCAAGAAGGGCUCCAAAUUCGUCAACAUUGCCCGUGGAACACUAGUUGACGAGGAUGCAUUGGUGGGCGCUUUGAAAUCAGGACACUUGUCUGCUGUUGGUCUGGAUGUUCAUGACAGCGAGCCUAACGUGAACAAGGAGUUGGCGAAGAUGAGAAACGUCACAUUGACUGCACACACGGCUGGGGGCGCUGCUGAGACUAUGAUCGGAUUCGAGAGACUCUCAAUGGAGAAUGUCCAGCGUGUGCUGACGGGCCAGGAAGCCUUGACACCCGUGAACAAGCAUAUGUUCAAAUAG